GAAGCCAGGCCAGAAGAAAGAUGGCGGCGCCCGUCUUGAGAGUUUCCACCCCUCGAUGGGAAAGAAUCGCCAGGGUCUUCGUGUGCCUGCUGGGUGUCCUGCUGUCUCUCUACGCAGUCCAUGUGGAAAGGGAAAAGGAGAGGGACCCGAACUAUCAGCCCCUGUGCGACGUGAGCAACUCAGUGAGCUGCUCGAAAGUGUUCACCUCCAGAUGGGGUCGAGGAUUUGGCCUGCUGGGCUCUAUUUUUGGUAAAAAUGGUGCGAUGAACCAGCCAAACAGUAUCUAUGGACUUAUUUUUUAUCUGUUUCAGCUGUUACUAGGAAUGACUGUGAGUGCGAUGGCCGCCCUCAUCCUUAUCACUACAUCCAUUGUGUCAGUUGUGGGGUCACUGUAUCUAAGCUACAUCCUCUACUUUGUACUGAAGGACUUCUGCAUCAUUGGCGUGACAACCUACGCACUGAACUUUAUUCUCUUUGUGCUUAACUACAAGCGACUGGUUUACUUGAACGAGGCUUGGAAGCAGAAGCUUCAAGCCAAGGAGGACUAAAAGAAAAAAAGAGAAAAGAACAAGAAACGUGACCUCUGAACUUUUGGGCUUGCCACCGGGAUACCUUGCUUCCAUGUUUAUAUUUCAGUAAAAGAAAAAAAAACUGAGAAUGUAAGUCUCACCGUCUCUGGGGCAGUUGGCCGGAGGAGCAAAAGGAUACUAAAAAGAGGACACAUUUUUCUUUUUUUGGUUCCCAAAAUGUAUUGUCCCUUCCACUGGGAAGGAGUUUUGAAAAGAACGCAGCAAGCACUUAUGAAACCUUUUCAGCAACGUGGAGGAUAUCUUGCUCACUCUUGAAGAAAAACGAGUCAAAGCUGGACUUUCCCUUGGACAGAGUAACAUAAUUUUUUUUGUGUGCCCGAGCUGUUCUAACCUAAACCUCAAAGAACUGAAUUAUGAGGGUAAAAAAAACAAACGCAUGAUCGUAAAGCUUCUGCAACCACGAUUCACAAACACGAUUCUGUGAGAGUAACACCGUACAGUUUUAUGUUUACAGUGCAGUUUGAAGAGGACCACUUAUUUGACAUGUUUAAGAAUCUGAUAAGUCAGAUGCAGCUGCUGAGCAAUAUUCCAGGUUAGAUUGUGUUAUAGUGUUGACACAGACAUUGAAAGACUUUACUGAGACAUAUUGGUGCAGGUGGUGUGUGACCAGCGUAGUCUGUGCGCCCCAGGUGAGGAAUGUGUUGUAUUAUGAUUGGUACCCGUGGUCAAAUUAUGCUCGCUGAGAAAUUUACGCUCUUUGCACUGUUCAGGCAGGGGUCAGAAGGCAUCAGUUCUCGUCUCCUCCCAAAUCUCUGAAGCCAGUUUCUUUUUCUCAGCAAAGACUCAAACAUCACACAUUUGUUCUUGUUCUUCAAACAAAAUUAACCCUUAAGGCAUUCCUGGCGUCACAGUAGAGGGUAAUCCAUAGAGUAUGUGCCUGAUCGCACAUACACAAUAGCUCUCUGGCUGGAGUUCUGUCUGUGCUGCUGAGUUUUGUAAGUGUAAAUUGUAAGCUCCACACUCACAGUGUAGGAGUACCCAAACAGGGUGAA